AUGCUGGCAUCCGCCCAGCGCGGCUUCAACUGCGAUGUGGUGGUCUGGGACACGGCGCGGCUGGCGCAGCGCAGCCGCUUCCAGGAGCACGACAUCGAGGUCGUGGCGGUCGGAUUCUCGGCUGACGAUCGGCUGCUGGCCACCAUCGGAUGCGAGACGGAGCGGCGCGUAUUUGUGCUGGACACCGCCACGGGCAAGAUUGUGACCACCUCGAAGCUCCCAGAGGACACCCCACGCGUCGCAGCGCUGGCGUGGUCCCCGGCUAAGGGCCCCUGCUAUGAGUUUGCGACCGCGGCAGGCCACCAUGUGUAUCUGUGGACUGUCGACCCUUUCAAGGGAUUCAUCAGCCACGACCGGAUCACGCCAGGCAGCGUGCGUAGGAUUAUAUCGACCCUCACAUACUCCGCUGAUGGCGCCUGGCUAUUUGCUGGAACUGAAAGCGGGGAUGUCAUCACCAUCAAUGUGGCACGGCGGGCGAUGCAGCUGAUGCACCCGGUCGCGUCCGGCGGCAUCGGCUUCACAGGCCUGGCGCCCGGCGGGAAGCUGCUGGUCGGCGCCGGCGACGGCACCCUGAACCUCUUCGACUUCCAGCAGGCGGCCCACUCCGCUCCGCCGCUGGCUGUCGUGCCCGGCGCGAUCAGCGCGGCCAGCCCGGUGGCAGGGGUCCCGGGCCGGCUGCUGGUGGGGACGCAGCAAGGCGGCAUAUACUGGGUGGACAUGGUGCUCGGGAGUGGUGGCGGCAGCGGCCGGCCGUCGACGACGACGGGCUUGGCAGCCGGCACGUGCGCCUGCACGACAUACGAGCACUCGCAGCAGGGGGCGCUGACGGGGCUCGCCUAUUCCACAACCGGCGACGCAAUUGCGACCUCCAGCGCGGACGGGACGGUCUGCGUCUGGGGCGCGGCGGACUUCCAGCUGAAGGCGCGGGCCGCCGACCCUAGGGCCGGCGAGGCGCAGAGCGUGGCGUUGUCCAAGGACUGGGUCGUCUCAGGCUGGGCCGACGGCACUGUGCGCUGCCAUGCGCUAACCCCCUCCGGGACCAUCGGCCCGACACCUUUCCCGGGCGCCGGCGGCACCACCAUUGGCGGCCGCAUGUCCCCAGCAGCCGGCGGCCGGGUUUCCCCGGCGUUGGGCGUCUCUGCCGCUGCGCAUGCCAGCGCGGCGGGUGCAGCCGGCGCCGCGGCGGUGCCGCUGGUUUGGAGCAUCCCCGCGGCGCACCAGACGCCCCAGGCGUGCGGGGCAACUGCUGUGCAGCUGUCCAACCGCGGCCACUUCCUAGCCAGCGGCGGCGCGAGCGGGGAGGUGCGGGUGUGGGACGCGGCAAGCAGGGAGCUGGCGAGCCACUUGAAACACCACAGCCAGGCCAUCACAGACAUCAAGGUGAUGCAGGACGACGUGCACCUGCUGUGCGCCAGCGAGGACAGGGCGUGGUCUGUGUGGGACAUCACCCAGGAGAAGCUUUGCUCGGUCCAGCACGCGCCCAUGGGCGCGGUGCGCGGCGUGGCCAUGGCGCCGGACCAGGUCAGCGUUGCGACCGUCGGCAUGGACCGAGCCAUCACUGUUUGGGACCUCCGCCAGGUCAGCAAGCCUGCCAUGAAAAUCCCAGACGCCCACCAAGCAGAGGUCACCGCGGUCGCCUGGCACCCAGGCGGCGCCGUCAUUGCCAGCGGCGGCGCCGACGCCGCCGUUCGCACGUGGGACUUGCGCGGCGGCGGCCGGGCGGCGGGGAGCUUCGCGGGGCACGCUGGGGCAGUGGCGGAGAUGGCGUUCGGGCCGGACGGGAACCAGCUGGCGAGCGCGGGCGCGGACGGCUGUCUGGUCCAGUGGCGGGUGGGAUGA